CCAACCAAACAUCUGCUAAUAGCUGAGGAAACCUCCUUACAAUACCUUCCCAUCCACAAUGCGCUUCAGCUGCAGCAGCUGUUCCUUCUCACUCUUCAUUUCUCUGCUGCUCCUCUCUCUCUCUCCCAAUCCCAUCCCUUUUAUUUCCUCCGCCCAUGCUACCAAACUAAACAAGAAUCUCUCAUCAACCACAAUGCUUCCUUCAGAGGCUGAGGCCCUUUUCAAGAUCAUGGACUCCAUGUCCGCUGACAAGUCCUGGAGAAUUUCCUACCCCAACCCAUGUAAUACCGGCUCAUCUUGGCCUGGCAUUGAGUGCAAAACUGCCCAAGACGACCAUCUCCAUGUCUCUAGGCUUGAUUUUGGCACCUCCCCGUAUCCGACAUGCAAGGGCACAGCCACAUUUCCUCACGAAAUAUUCUCUCUUCCUUACCUCCAAUCAGUCGUCUUCUUCAAAUGUUUCACUCGCACCAAAACCACCCUCUCUGUUUCGCCAAACAGACUCUCCAUGUCUCUACUUGAACAACUCAGUCUCAGAUCAAACCCUGCACUUGUCGGUCCAAUCCCACCACAAAUUUCCUCCUUAAAGUCCCUACAAAUCCUCACUUUGUCGCAAAACGUCCUUACUGGACAUAUUCCCAUUCAGAUUUUCGGCAUGAACUCUCUGGUUCACCUUGAUUUGAGCUACAAUAUGUUGACUGGUGCCAUCCCAUGUCAAGUGGAGAACCUCAAAAAUCUUGUUGGCCUUGAUUUGAGCUUCAAUUCACUCACAGGGUACAUCCCGCACACAAUUGGUCAACUGGGUCUGCUUCAAAAGCUCGACUUGAGCUCGAAUUCACUUACAGGUGGUAUUCCUGAGAGCAUUGAGACGCUCAAUUCGUUGGCCUUCAUGGCUUUGAGUAACAACAAACUCAGUGGUAACUUCCCAAAAGGAUUGGAAAAGUUACAAAGUUUGCAGUACUUGAUUAUGGAUGAUAAUCCCAUGUAUAUACCUCUGCCUACACAACUUGGCAAGCUAGUGAAAUUACAAGAGCUCAGGCUUGCCAAUUCAGGCUACUCUGGCACCAUCCCAUCAGGGAUUUCGCAGCUUUUGAACUUGAGCACACUCUCUCUUCAGAACAACAGACUAACAGGUGAAAUCCCAGUUGGUCUUGGCAGCCUCUCUCACAUAUAUCACCUGAAUCUUAGCAGAAAUCUCUUGGGUGGAGUUGUGCCUUUAGAUCCAAGUUUCCUGAAGAGGUUGGGAAGGAAUCUGGAUCUCAGUGGCAACCAUGGUCUCUGUUUAAGCCCCUCUGAAGCAGCAUACAGUGUCAAGAUAGGAAUUGGUGUUAGUGUCUGUGGCAGCAACAAGAACGCUUCUUUCAUCCAGCCUCCACAGAACAAGUCUCAAGCUCCUUGUGGUUUCUCCAAACCAUUCUUUCUGCUUGGUGCUUUGAUCGUUCAUGGUUUGCAUCAAGCAAUGGCUUUACCAUGAUUUUUCUUGCGCCUAAAUUUUCCAUUUUCACAUAUAUAUUUAUAUUCUCUCCAGUCUGGUGGGAUUUUUUAGAAAUUAUUAAUAGGUUUUAAUAAUGAUUCUAAGGCUUUCGCGUGCACUUGGUGGUUCUGCUAAUUUUAGGCGAAAAUUUUGGUUUCCCACUUUCUCUGCCAUAUUGGAUUGCAAAGAUCUCGCGGGACUCUCUAUAAAUGGUUCAAGGAACAGUACUGAGCAGUUGAGGUUGAUCUUUCCUUCUAAAUUAUGGUA